AUGGACGUCGCCAGGACGAUGGCGCAGCAGCAUACAGACGAGAAAAAGAAGUACAAAGCAUGUGGUGAUAUUGUAGUACGUGUGGGAGAUGCAUCCACGGGCGUCGUGCAUGCAGUGACGCUGGUUUCUACCAAUGUCGUGGUUGAAGAGUUACGGGAAGAGCUGGAACGACUCAGUGGCGUUCCUACAGAUGAUCAGAUUUUACUUUGCGGUCCGCCUUUUGCUCGUUUAGACCCACGUCGUGCCGUAGAGUACUAUGGAUUACCAUCAGAGGACAAAAAGGUGUUUUUAUAUGACCGUCGACUGCUGUCACAAGACGCAGUCACGUCUCCAUCUGCAACAAGAGAUUUAACUCCAGUUUAUGUAGAAUUGCCAUCACAGCCAAUGGCUUCGUCAGAAGGUUCAAAGAUGCUUAGUGAAAGUUCACAUCCAAUGAUGAGAGCAUUGGUGGAGUAUGAAGGCUAUUUCCAGCUACAGGUCAGCCAGAGUGAAGCAUUGGAAAAUGGCACGCGUGCCAACAUUGCUGCAUGUGAGCGCAGUGCACAGGAAUUGCAGGUUCAGGAACAAGCUAUUGACGCAGCUGUUGCUAAUCUGGAUUUGUUCAAGACGUCAAUGAUGAAACACUUUUCUCCGUUUUGGGCGGAUUUUCAGGCAACAAGCGCCAAGAACGAACGUCUGUUGAGCCAGUUUGACAGCUAUCUUGACGCGUUGGCUACCGUGAAGCUUCAUCCUGCACUGACUACUGAAGAACGGAAGACGCUUUAUGAUUGUAUCCCUGUCGAGAAGGAACGUGCAUGGGCUGCGCAGUGUGAGCAGUCGCACACGCAUGUACAAGGACAGGUAUUAAAACUUCAAGAGGUUCACGACGAGAUUUGCAAGGAAGUCACCGAUAUGAUGGCUGUACACGCCGAAUCUAUUCGGGAGUACAAUGAAGCAAGUGCAGAAUUGGAACAGAUGAAAGCGUUGGGUAGCAAGCAAAUGAAUAUCACAAGUACCUUGCGUGGCAAUCUACAGUACGUGCUGAGCAGCAUUGAGGAAACGUCGACUUUAGCAAGCGGAAGUAAUCCUAUGCAGGCGUCUACGAAUGCUCUAGACGUGUGUCGGCGCAUUGAUAAAUUAUACCAAGGCCAACAAAAUAUGGUUCCUGAUGCACAGAAGCUUACUGAAGAUAGUGUGGCGCAAAUGAAUAAGAUAGCAUCCAGGAAAUCUACCACAUUCGCACGGGUGCACUCCGUCCUGCGCCAAGUUUCAAUCUCACAGUCAAAGAUUCGAGAUUUUGAGAAUUCAUUGUCUGUCUUUCGUGAAGCUCUAGCUGCUCAAAAGAAGCACUUUUACGAGCUUGAGCAUCUGGACAAACUGCCAGAAUCGUACUUGGCUUGUUUAAAGGAGAUCUCAAGGCGCCUCAAGUAUGGUCAUAUGUUCUCGGACCGAAUUCAGUCAAUGGCGGAAGAACUUGCUCAGCUGCGUGAGGAUGAAGUCCGACACCGUGAGGAGUUUUUGCGCAGCUACGGUCAGCACUUACCCCGUGAUUUUGUUGCAGGACUUGCAGAAAAGCCGUCUCAUUGUGAGUUCCGCAUGCGUCCAUUUGACCAGAGCCUUCCUCUUGUUGACGAUGAGAACGACCAAGGUUUUAAUCCGUACGAAGACAAGGAAGCUUUGGACAACUUUGUUGAUUGCGAGGAUCGUGGUAGUUUUUCUGAAUCGGCCACUAAUGUGGACCUCCACGGGUGCUACAAUGAAGUGGAGGCGCGAGUAAUAAAGCUCUCAACAGAGCUGGAACAGUCAAAGAAGAACUCGUACUAUGAUGGGUCUGGAAGCGAAUCAUUUGCCCGCUCAGACACAUCCAAGACUAGCGCACAAGAGGGAGACAGCUCGUGCGAAUUCCCGUUGGUAAUGGCGCUGGCAGCAACGGCGGGCGGCAUGACCAACUCCACGGAAGCUGAUCGGUCGAACCUACUUGACCAAGAAUUAGCCGCUGUGAGGCGAAACAUUGGAUCAGGUGCAGACAACAAGGACGCGACGAUUGCCAAGCUGGAGAGUGAAAACCAGCAGUUUUUGCUGAAUGCGGCGGCCUUUGAAGAAUAUCCUUUCCAACUGAUUGCUUGCAUGUGGGGUGAUAUUGCGUUUGACAUUUUCUAUGUUUCCUUAACCGGUGCGGCGCCUUUGUUGUUUGCUGUUGAUGUUUUUACGGAGAUUCAGGAGCGAUCGAAGCGUGAGAAGCAACUGAAGGACAACCAGUCCAAACUUCAGCAGACAAUUAAGGACUUGAGUAACAGUGUUCGAUCACAGCGGGCAUCGUUGGCCCAGCUGCUUGGGCUACUUGAGCCUCCCGACAUUGAGGACGAUAUCACGUUUGUAAACACUACCUAUGAUGUCAUUGAAAGGCGUGUGAAAGAGCUGCUAGCCAGCGCUGAGUCAGGAUUGGUGUUGCAGUCGGAAUUGGAGCAGCGGCGGUCCGACUUUCGCUUCCUGGAGUCCGAGCAGGACAUUAAUGACUCGUUUAAGAUUUCGUUUCGAAGCUUCAGUGUGGAUGAUCUGGCACUUUUCUUGCCGACUUCAGCGCCCGGAAGCGAUGCCCAGCGAGUGUAUUUGGCCUUCCAUCUGGGCUGUCCACACCGUUUUCUCUCGGAGGAAUCUAUCUCUUCUUUCAGCAACGACGGUCAGAGAUACCCAGACUACGUAGUGGGUCGCAUUGUACUAAUCGACGAGCAGACCGCGACGGAAGGCAACAAUCCGUACGCGCUGCAUCUUGGGACCAUGUUCUACGUCUUGACGGUUGCAAGCCUCCAUGAAAGCUAA